AUGAUUUCAUCCUCUCAAACGUCGCUCACCCGUUGGUCAGGGCCUUCUUCAACAGCACUCUAUCAAGAAACUCAGAACGAGACGUAUUUUAAAGCCGCAAGUCAGACACUCCAGUUUCUCAGAAAUUUCGAAUACUUCCCGCGCUCGAACGGUGCUCACAAUGAACCACUCCUCUUCGCUUUCGAUGGCAGUGAAUGUAUAAACGGCCCUUACCCAGAUUUUGUGUACUCAAAUACGGGAGAUAUAAUUGAGGGGCUAUCUACUCUCGUGGCCUAUGAGGCUUUUGGCCAGGAAACCUCCAAUUGGACCUCACCGACCCUAGACUUCCUGCGGGAGACGAUAGUCUCUGCGACCGUUCAGCGGGAAGAAGCACGGCCGGAUCGUAUUUUGGACUUAGGUUCACAUGCGAAGUCAGGCUACCCAAAAGGGGAUGCAUUUCUGGUGCGCGGGAUAUCGGAAGCAUACUGGACUCUUGAAGCUGUGGAUCCCUUAUCAAACUUGGACUUUCUCAAGACGUUCAUACAGAUUCAGUAUGACACCCUGCUUCAUAACGCCACAUUCAACGGAACGAACAUCUACGGGGGGGACUGGACCGCCGGAUCCGGGGCACCAUCGACUCCCCAAGCUUUAAGCCAAACAUUUGCCACUAUGGUUCUUAUCAACAGCAUCAAUAUCCCUCGUGCCGAGCCAACGCCACCGCCAAAAAACGAUAGGAAAACAAAAAUAAUCGGAGGCUCAUUCGCCGGGGGAUUCGUAUUCAUCGCCAUCUUGUCGGCUUUGAUGUUUGCUCAUCAUCGGAGAUGGAAAAAGAGCGAGGAAUCCUAUUUAAAUUCACAACGCGAAGUUGAAGUCCCGGCCGAAUACUUGCCAACCCCGUUCGUACUACCAGAAACGAGGGAGAUGGAUGAUAAUACUACGGGCACUUUGACGUUGUCAGAGCCGAGUCCGGGAGUCAUCGAAUCUCAAAGUACAAACGCUCAACCCGAGGUGGCUCAGAGGAGCGAGGUUGCAGCGUCUUCCAGAGACGAAAUGAACACCUUACUACCAAGAGUCGAUUCCGAACCUCCUUCAGACGAUGAUUAUGACUUGGCCCAUCUCAGACUUCACGCCGUUUCGACGGCUGAGCUGGUUAGAGUCCUGAUGGCGCGUCUACGACACGAUUCCUCCGGGCACAGAGAGUCAGAUAUGCCGCCUGCAUAUCCGGAAAGUCAGGUUGGACGUUAA